CGCCGCUAUGGAGGCCGGGAGGAUGGCGGUGCUGCGCGUUAAGCGGAAGCGCACUGCGGAGCCCGCCGAGGCCCUUGUCCUCGCGUGUAAACGUCUCCGCGGCGGCGUGGUCGAACCGGCUGCCUCGGAGGGACGGGAAGGUGCAGAGAGAGCGGCCGAGAAGAAUGUCUUCCAGUUGGUGGCCACUGUGCGCUCGCAGGAGCAGCCGGUCCAGCACCUCCUGCGCGAGGCGCUGCGCCCUUCGCGGAGCAGCCAGAAGCGGAUCCGCCGCGAUCUCCGCGCGUCCAUUCGGGAGGUCCGCCGAGAGGGCCGCUACCGGGUGGUCUGCAGCCACCGAGCCUUGGGGAGCGCCGCCGGCGCCGAGCCCGAGGCCGCGCCGGACGCAGACUUCCAGCUCCUCGACCUGGUCCACGAGGAGGGAGAAGCGAAGGCUGCGGCGGACUCCUGCCGGACAUCUGACCCGGAUGUGAUCCUCUGCAAUUCUGUAGAGUUGAUCCGGGAGCGACUGACCCUGUCUGAGGCUGGACCGGCAGGUAGGCAGCAGGAGGAACAAAAGCAAGAAGACUACGUGUAUGACAUUUACUACCUGGAAACAGCAACACCAGGCUGGAUUGAGAACAUCCUCUCUGUGCAGCCCUACAGCCAGGAGUGUGAGCUGGUGAAUGAUGAUGAACAACCAGAAGACAUUUACGAAGAUGAAGAUGAUGAGAACAGUGAAAAUAAUUGGCGAAAUGAGUACCCAGAGGAGGAGAGCAGUGAUGAGGAUUCCAGAGGCUCUGAUGAAUCCAGCUUCAGCGAGGAGGAAAGAGGCAGCAGUGGCCGGCACAGGUGGAACAAGUACCCUCUGGAUGUGCAGAAGGAGUUUGGCUAUGACGGUCCCCAUGACCUGGACUCAGAUUGACAGUUUUGUGACAUCCCUGAGAUUCCGACACAGGCUUGUGGAGGCCGCAGGACUAUGGUGUUACCUGUUCUGGUGACAUCUUUGGUUUCUUAACUGCACAUGUAGAAGGAAAAUAAUUGAGCAACACCUUACCAUGGUGAAUAUGUAUGCUAAGGAACUGUCUUCCGCUGAAUAGUAGGGCCCCUUUAAAGGUGAUCCUGCGAUCUUAGGCACAAGAGUGAAGGUUCCUUUAGCUUCCUGGCCUUGACGUUUUCCUUGGCCAUUUCUGUUCUGUGCUGAAGUGUAAAUGAAGAAGGCUCCUAUUUCAUCAGCAGUAAGUCUGCUUUCCCCCGAGACCAGGCUGCCUGCUUCUGGUAAAAGGCUGUUACUUUUUGACAGGAGUCAACUGUGGCAACUCUGAGGCUCUAGGUGACAGGACUAGAAUCACUGCCCGCUGAGCCACUGCACUGGCCCCAACUGAGGGAGGUUUCAACAGCUGCCUUGUCUCCCUCGUUGGACUCCGAUGAUGCUAUAAUGACUGUUCUGUAGCAGGCUGUCAGGGAACAAUAUGUAUGAAUGUGAUACUCUGUUUAAUAAAAACUGACUGAGAAAGUA